CCGACAGCGCGGGUCCAGCAAAAAAGGGGCAGCUCGGACUCGGCGGGAUGGCAGCUGUACAGUAAUCACAUUCACCAGCGUGUGGAUGCGGGCAACUCCCCGGGGAGAGACGGUGCAAAUCUUGGCACCAAUUGGCUAAUUCAAUUUAAUUCCACUGCAUUCGCCCUGUCAGAAUAUUCAUGAGGUGGAGAGUGAGUACCUCUGGUACUCAGAGAGAAGAGUGCAAUAAGAAGAGAGCGGGAAGGCAGCAACGCUUUCGCGAAAGCGAUGUAGAAAAAGUUUCUCGUCUGCAUCUUAUCUUGAGGCAGCUCUCGCCGAAAAAAAAUCCUUGCAAUUUCUCAGAAGAGCUUCCGAUGCAACUUUUCUGAAGAGUCCUUAUUUAGUGAACUGCAGGGGACAAUGAGGUCGGAGCGGGUUUUGAGGUGUGAAAAUUGACAGGAGUUGACAGCACUGUCGAGGUCGAGGACUCCUUGCCAUCAAUUGGAUGAACACCUUUAGCUUUUCCUGGCAACCAAGUGAAGAGUUCUUCUCUUAUGAAAACCACCUCAACCCAGCACUCAAUAGAGAUAUUAUUUGACCAAAGACUGUUAUGCCUAGUUUCCAAAAACAGUUUGCAAAGUCUGAGCUCCUUCCCUUUUAAUCUUCACCAACUUUUCUUGUAACAAUUGGCAUGUUAAUUUACAAUAUAAUGGGUAGUAAGUAUAUACAAGGAUCCUGCCUACUUCUCUGUCUAGUUGAUUUAGUGCAAGUACUGAAUGUUCAGCCAGCAACCACAGUAGGGAACAACCAACAUGAUAAGAUGCUGCAUCAUCGUGUGAAGAGAGGGUGGGUAUGGAACCAAUUUUUUGUGUUGGAAGAAUACACUGGAACAGAACCUUUAUACGUUGGCAAGCUUCAUUCAGACAUGGACAAAGGAGAAGGGUCUGUCAGAUACAUCCUCUCUGGUGAUGGAGCAGGUACUGUUUUCACCAUUGAUGACAACACUGGAGACAUCCAUGCGGUACAGAGAUUGGAUCGGGAAGAGAAAUCUCACUAUACUCUGCGUGCACAAGCCUUGGACAGAUGGACUGGUCAACCAAUGGAGCCAGAGUCUGAAUUCAUCAUAAAGAUCCAGGAUAUCAACGACAACGAACCAAAAUUUCUUGAUGGACCUUAUGUAGCCAAUGUUCCUGAAAUGUCUCCAAUAGGUACGUCAGUAAUACAACUGACAGCGAGUGAUGCUGAUGACCCCACAUAUGGAAACAGUGCACGAGUGGUUUACAGCAUCCUUCAGGGACAGCCAUAUUUCUCAGUGGAAGCAAGGACAGGCAUCAUCAGGACAGCUUUACCAUAUAUGGACAGAGAGAUAAAGGAUGAAUACCUUGUGGUGGUGCAAGCCAAGGACAUGGGUGGACAAAUGGGCGGAUUAUCAGGCACAACAACUGUAAACAUCACCCUGACAGAUGUCAACGACAAUCCUCCAAGAUUCCCUCAAAAGCUAUACCAGAUGAACGUGAUGGAGACAGCUUUGGUUGGCUCAGCGGUGGGAAGAAUUCUAGCUAAGGACGCAGAUGAGGGGCUAAAUGCAGAAUUGAGCUACAGCUUCAUCAAUGGCGAUGGGAUGAACGUAUUUGAGAUCAUCACAGAUGAAAGUAACCAAGUUGGGAUCAUCACCUUAAAGGAGCCAUUAGAUUUUGAAACCAAGGACAGCUACAUGUUGGUUGUAGAGGGCACCAACACCCACCUAGAUCUUCGCUUUCUGAACUUCGGUCCAUUCCGAGAUACAGCCAGGGUGCGUCUGACAGUUGAGGAUAUGGAUGAGCCUCCACAGUUCGAUUCUCCCUCCUACAUGGUGGAGGUGUACGAAGAUGUCACGGUCGGAACUACUAUCCAAAUCGUUUCAGCAAAAGACCCAGAUGCAGCGAACAACUCCAUCAGGUAUUCAAUUGAGCGAUCCACUGAUCCUACAAGAUCCUUUUAUAUUGACAUCGCCUCAGGAGCUCUAAUGACUGCAAAGUCACUGGACCGAGAAGAUCUUUCUUGGCAUAAUAUCACAAUCCUUGCAAUGGAAAUGAAGAAUCCCACACAAAUUGGAAGUGUUUCAGUCUCAAUUAAAGUCCUUGACAUCAAUGACAAUCCACCAGAGUUUGUCAGGGAUCAUGAAGCCUACAUCUGUGAAAAUACCAAACCUGGACAGCUGAUUCAAGUGGUCAGUGCCGUGGACCCAGAUAACCCUCAAGAGGGUCAUCACUUCUACUACAGUCUGGCUCCCGAGGCAGCAAACAAUGCGAAUUUCACCGUGCGGGACAAUAAAGAUAACACUGCCUGGAUCCUGACCAGAAGAGGAGGGUUCAACCACCAGGAACAGGGCACCUACUACCUGCCAAUUCUCAUUGCGGACGAUGGACUUCCAAUGCAGAGUGGCACCAGCACCCUGACAAUUCGAAUCUGUGGCUGUGAUAUAGAUGGAAACGUUAGGUCCUGUAAUGUCGAGGCCUACAGCCUUCCCAUCAGCCUCAGCAGAGGAGCACUUAUUGCAAUUCUUGGGUGUAUCUUCAUCUUGUUGGUAUUAAUAUUGUUAAUUUUAACAAUGAGAAAACACAAGAAACAAUCCCUUAUUGUUGACGAGGAGGAAAACGUCCAUGAAAAUAUUGUAAGAUACGACGAUGAAGGCGGUGGCGAAGAGGACACAGAGGCCUUUGAUAUUGCUGCCCUGUGGAAUCCCAGGGAAGCUCACUUGACAAAGUCCAGGAGGGACAUGCUGCCAGAAAUUGAAAGCCUGUCCAGGUAUGUCUCGCAGUGCAGAUCGGGUGACGACAGCAUCAACAGCUACAUUCUGACAAAGUUGCACGAUGCCAACACGGACCCCUGUGCUCCCCCUUUUGAUUCCUUGCAGACUUAUGCAUUUGAGGGGAAUGGCUCUAUAGCAGAAUCACUGAGCUCCUUCGAGUCGACCACAACAGACUUGGACUUCAAUUAUGAUUAUCUCACCGAGUGGGGACCUCGGUUCAAGAAACUGGCAGACAUGUACAGAGGCUCCGAGAGUGCUGAAGACUCAUUGUAGCUGGUGGGGAGUGCUUCUUGAUUAAUGGCAGCCUCUGUUAUCCGGCAUGGAUCUCUGCCUGUUUUGGUCAGAAAGCCCAUCGUCAAGAUGAAGCAUCUUUGGGGUUUCAACUGGGAUUGAGCAAACCAUGUAGGAAAUAGUGAAUCUGCAGACUGGCGGCUCAGACAGGCAGAACACAUGACAGACAGGACAGGGGAAAAAAAGCUUGAAUCAUUAAAGUCAUUAUCUGCCUGUAUAGAAGGACAGAAAAUAAAAAAAAAUUAAGGUAUCUCAGCCUCUGAGGAUAAAAGUGAUUAUGUCUUGCCUCUGUAACACUGAAAUCUAUUCUAACACUGAGCAACGGCAGCUCACACACCAUCCCAGCCCGCACUUCAGUAAAUCAGAACGAGACUGACCUAUAUUUGAGACUUGCUUGUUCAUUUUCAAAACUCACUGUAAAUAUCUAGGCAGGGACGUGGGUUAUUAAUCAGGCCACCGCCGCAGUCACAGUGUAAACAGGUUUACAUUUUACUUGGAAGUUCAUGCAGUGUCAUUCUGUGACCCGGUGGAUUGUUGAGCUAUGAAGAGCUCUGCCUUUCUGGUUUAAUCACGUCAAAAAAAAAGACGUCGUCUUUAUCUGUGAAAGAAUCCUAUAAACUGAUGAAGUGGCUAUGCCUACGUCUGCUGAAAAUCCAGCACGAUUCCGGCUCUCCAACUGAAUACACAAAGGAGGUUCAUAACUUCAGCAAGAGAGCCCCUCCCCCCACAACUCACCCAACAUCCAUAGAUGAUGGCAAAUCAGAAAUUGCAAGGGAAGCAAUUCUGGAUCCUUCGCUUCCUUAAAAUUUGCUUCGCAUCCAUAGUCAAACCCUCAGAAUUCGCAUUACUCAGCAGCAAGCCAGAGAAUGGAACUGAGGAGUGGAUUCAUAGGCGGAGAAUCGCAAGCCUCAGCCUCAGAGAUAAUCUGUUAAACAGCAGUUUACAGAUGCACUGAAUUCAAGACACUCAGACCUUGGCUGAUUGUCUAAUACGGAAAGGAAGUGCAGAUCAAACAGAUACACAUUUUAAAAUGUAACAGAAUAGAUUGUAUUUAAAAUAGGAUGCAAAAAUAAUGACAUUUAAGUCGGUGUGAAAAAAUGUUAACCCAUUAUUUCCCUGACUGUGCAUGCAGUUAAAACUAUACUGGAAUCAGAUACCUGUAAAUAGAUGAGCAAUGCUUUAAUGAAUUAUUGAUUCCAUUGUCCUGAAUACAGGAUAUGUGUCCAAUGGUGGCCAAUGCCUUUGAAAAUGGCUACUAAUCCAUUCAAUAUGACUGGACCCGGUUACGUUUUGAAAACAAAUUGAUUUAGUCUGGAUUUACAGUGCACAUUGGAGACAAGAGAUGUUUGGUAGACAGGGGCUGCUGCCUUUGGUUUUGUGUACUUGCUGCACAGAGACAGAACUUACCACUCACUGUGUUUUAUCUGUCUUGUGACAGAUGAGACUUGAAAAAGGUACUCUGAUUUCAAGGACAAAAUGGUGAAAAUGUGCAUCUUUAACAACAAAAACUGUAUUUUCUUGUUUAUGGAAAUUUUUUGUACAUUUGUUAAUUUCUUAAAAAAAAUGAAUAUUGAUGUGCUGCUUGUCAGGACGUUAGCAGUUGUUUUAAUAAAAGUAAAUAAGUCAUCAUUAUUCUUUCAAUCAUCCUCCAUGAGAGUCAGCAAUUGCCUCCGUUCAAAUCCUACAAUUACAGCUUUUGUCUUAUUGAAAUCAGUAACCUCCCCCUC